GUGGGGAUCGGGUCCAGAACGUUCAAGACCAAGGGGGAUUACCUGGCCGACUGUGUCACCUCUUGGGUGUGUGUGACAGCAUGGAGGCGGUGUGUGUGACCAUGGAGGAAGAAGAGGACCUUGGGUUAUCUAUAAUUGCUUCUUCACUUGCAUCAUCGAUUAGUUUAUUAUACAGCGCAGCCAUGAAUCACACCAUGGAGUUUGUGUCAGGGUUGGGAGCAAAAGUGAUGGACAUCACUGAUCAGAUUCAAGAACAUGGUGAUCCAAGAGUGACAGACUGGCUACUGAUGAAGUCUCCCGUCCCAAUCAGCUGUAUCAUUAUGGGGUAUUUAAUGAUGGUGUGGUUGGGACCUAGACUCAUGGCCAAGAGAAAGCCAUUGCAAAUGAACUAUUUGCUGGUAGUCUACAACUUCAGCCUGGUGGCAUUAUCUAUCUACAUGUUUUAUGAGUUUCGAGUUAUUUCAUGGAAAGCCAACUACAGCUACAAAUGCCAACCCGUUGAUUAUUCGGACAGUGUGUUGGGGAAAAGGAUGGCAGAUGUUUGCUGGUGGUACUUCUUCUCCAAAGUGAUUGAGACGUUAGACACAGCGUUUUUCAUUCUACGCAAGAAGAACAACCAGGUGACAUUUCUUCAUGUGUACCAUCACAGUAGCAUGAUGGUCAACUGGUGGCUUGGAGUCAAGCUAGUAGCCGGUGGACAAUCAUUUUUUCUCGCCAUGAUCAACUCCUUUGUACACAUCAUCAUGUACAGCUACUAUGGGUUAUCAGCUAUGGGCCCAGGCAUGCAGAAAUACCUAUGGUGGAAGCGUUACAUCACUGUCCUACAAUUGGCCCAGUUUAUCGCCAUCAUCGUUCAUACUGGAUACAACUUAACCAUAGAUUGCGAUUUCCCGCAAGGUUUCAAUUACGCAGUUUUCUUUUAUUGUAUAAGUCUUGUAAUGCUCUUCAGUAAUUUUUACAUUAGAGCCUACAACUCAAAGGAUCUUAAGGAAGAUAAAUACAAAGUUUAAGAGCAACUUAAGAAGAGUGUCUAGGAUUUUGAAGUUGAAGUUAGGACAGAGGGUAGAAAAGUGCUUAUCCCAAUUAAAAAAAUGCAUGUCAGCACAAAAACUUGCUGAGCACAGAAAAGUGUUGCUUUACAGAAACAGCCAUAACAAGUACAUUGAUGCAACAUUGAUGCAACUCAAUGUUUGCUUAACAAAGAAAUUUAUCAAGCAAUAUUGAAAAAAAAAAUUAAAAAAAUAGACCAUUGUUAUUGAAAGCAACUUGCAUUCAAAUCGAAGUUUCUGGGCUAGGAUUGUGUAAGAUUGGUGUGAUGAGCACAAACAAAAUAGCUCACUUUUCCUUUUGCAGAUUAAGCAUCAUUUUUGAGAAGUUUUCAAAAGAAUCUCAGUUACAGGAACUGAGGGAAGGUAUACAUUGGGUAAUCACUCAUAAAAUUAAUGGCAAUAAAACACUUUUGGUAAGUCUAGAAGCCUCAGCAACUUUCAAUAGUAUUUGAGAAAAUUUCACUUCAAAUUAAUGUGGUUAUGGAGAAAUGUUCAAGUUCUAUCCCCAACCAAAAGUUGAAUCUGAGAAGCGUUUCUGCAAGAUACGCUCAAGAUUUUCGGCAUUUAUCUCAAUAACCCUACCACCAUAUGAAAUUAAAUUUUCACAGGUUAGUUUUGUUGUACACAUCAUUAUAAAACAACUAAAAACAAAAGGUCUACGUUCCUUUUAGGUACUCCAUUUAUGUUUGCAUAUUUAUUUUAUUUUGUUAUUUACAUGUAGUUGUUUUUUCUCCUUUAGUUAGUUUAAACCUGUAAUUACUGUAGUGUGUUCUUGUCUCCUUCACCCUGGCGCCCUAUAGCUGUUAGAUGUUCACACAAAUCCUUAUUAAGUGGAAGGGAAUUUUAUACGUUUUGGUAAUCACUCUUAAAAUAUGGCAAUACAAACUUUUGGUUGUAAGCCUACAGCA